ACACAAUUUCUCACAGGUCCCGGCGCAACAAGACAAAAACACAAAAUGCGUUACCCAAUGUUAACAUUAGACUUUAGACUUCAUCAAUUUAAUUUUAUUAUUAUAAUAUGAUUAGAUAUAUUACUAGAUUACGAUUUCCAUUUUUUAAUCAGAUUUCAAUUUUAGUUUAGUUUUAAAGGAAGCGUUAUGAAAUCUGAAAGCUACUACUACUGAAAUGGAAAACAAUGUUGGAAUGUGGAAGCAAGAAAUCAUGAUGAUGGAAAUAGAAAACGAAGUGUUUGAUUCAUCUGAAACUGAUUUAGAUUACGAAUUCGAUGCGCCUCGCUUUUUCGAUUUCACUGCACAACAACAACAAUCUCUAACUCAACUUCCACAACCUGAACGGUGGUUCGAAACCGCCGGAACCUAUCCUCCUUCUCCAUUUGCGGCGAAUCUUGUGAUGAAUGAAGAAGUUGCCGUUGCAAAUUCAAACACCGUUCAUCAUCAUCCUAAACCUAAAGUUUUUCAACAUUUUGGUUCCAAUGUGGUGAAUGCGAGUGAAAAAAUGUCUGGAUUAUUAAGUGGAGUUCAUCAAAAUGUUGUGCAACUAGGAAUGACCUUUAACAGCAGGACAAUUGGCGAAGGUUUGAAUUCUAAGGCUAAAUCUGCUGUGGUGAAGCGUUCAUCAACGCUGAUGAAACCUACAGCUAGUCAGUUGGCUAAGCAAAAUCGGCCCCCUCAAAUUGUUGGUUCAAGGUUUCAGAAGGUGCAGCAAGCGCAUAAAAAGGAUAUUAGUGUAGCUAACUCUUUGGAGAUGGAGAGUCAAUCUACCAAGCGGCAGAAAUUAGAGGGUGGUCUCUUGCGCAAGGUUGGUGAUGUGAAGCAGCAAGCUAAUUUUGUCCACAAGGCACCUAAGAAGAUUGUAGCUGCUGAUCAAAACGCUGGAUAUUCCAAGCCAAAGAUUACGCUUCCUAGAGUGCCCGAGCUAGAAACAUUUCAUAGAGCACAAAGGACUAGACCUAAAAAUGCUGCAGAAGCAGAACACUUGACAGUGGCUGUACCCAAAUUCAAAGCACGGCCGGUAAACAGAAAAAUUCUUAAUGCUCCAUCAUUACCUCUUCAUAAGAGGACCCCUGCACGGUUGCCUGAAUUUCAAGAAUUUCACCUCAAAACGUCGGAGAGGGCUAUGCACCACACAUCUGCUACAUCAUCAUCUACACUUCCAUGCAAUGAUUUUGAUAAGGAUUUGGAUAAAAAUGCUACUUUUUCUGCUCCACAAAAUAGUAUCAGUAAUUUGAGAAGGCCAUCUGUGAUGGGUGCUCCAAAGCAUGAUGGAUUGGAUUAUAGGCAUGGAUUCAAAGCUCGACCAUUUAAUAAGAAGAUACUUUCCAGUAAAGGAGAUAUUGGUGUUUUCCGCAACAUUAAACAGGAAACCACAGUGCCAAUGGAAUUCAAUUUUAGUACAGAAAAGAGGCUUCAGCAUAACCCACCAAUUGACGACCUCUUUAAUAAGUUGUCCCUAACAUCUGGAGCUCAGUCAAAUAAUGGUUCUAAGGUGAAACCAGGUCCUCAUUUCAGAGUGUUCAACAAGGAUUUAAAAGAAAACAUGGGAACUUCUUUUCAUUUGGACCUAAAGGAAAAGCCUUUUAUAUUUGGAGAAAAGCAAAUUCAUAGAGGGAGUGAGGGUUGCAUCAACGAAGCUGGUACUUUAUUGAGUCCAAGGAGGAACCUGGGAAUUCGGUGACUGCAAGGUGACAACUACAAUCGAAGCAAAUUGCAACAAAAUUUAGUUAUGCACAACAGAAUUUUCCCGGCUAACUAGAGAGCCGUUGGAGACAUAACAAAACCUAAUAGUGCCCAACAACUCUUCACAGAUUAUUCUUUCUGUACAAAGAAUCAUACAAAAUUACCUUGUUAGGACAGAAAUGAGCAUAUAUUUCUAAGUGAUCACUUGUAUUUUGUACAAAUACUCCUAGAAAGUGGAACUCAGGUCCACUCGGGGUUUUGUUUUUAACAAAAAGUUCAUUAAAAAUAAUGUCUAAUCGCUGAUGAAAGCCA